AUGCCAGUUGGGGAACCCUGGGAACAAGAACCUGUCAUUACCUCGAUUUGGGGAUGGGACCUAUCUCUGGUAGGAAUCGAUUUACUUCAUGUCCUGCACCUUGGAAUACUUCGGGAUCUAUGUGGCAGUGCCAUAAAGGUAUUGGUGAGCAAGCGUGGAUAUUUCCGCGGAGCCACAAUUGUGAAAAGGCUCCAGGAGUUCACUCGGCAACUGAAGCUUUAUGCAAAAGCUGAGAAACUGCAGCUUUACCUCAGGAAUGUGAAGAAAUCAACGGUGGAUUGGCGCUCUGACAAGUGCCCCGAACUGCGAUGCAAGGCAGCCGAUUGUGGCACAAUCCUCAAGUUUCUUACAUGGAAAACACAGCUGGAAGAGCCCCCGGCCUACAAGGGUAUGGUGGCAUGUAUUUGGGCUGCCGACCGGUUUGUACGCAUACUCUUUUCGGGUGGCAUGUACCUGACUCCGGCUGAACGAGAAUCGGCAUAUGCGUGUGGUGACAUGUACUUGCAUCUCUACAUGUCCCUUGCGUGUGAAGCUGUGGAUGCAGGUGCCCUUCUCUGGAAGAUUCGUCCCAAGUAUCAUUACUGUUGGCAUGUGGUCAACGACCUUCUAUCGAAGGGUCGCAAUCCAUUCAAGGAUGGGACAUGGAUGGAUGAAGAUGUUAUGCGCCAUACGUUCCAUAUGCGUCGUAAGAUGUGUGCCAGAACAUCCAAUCUCAACGUGCUGAAACGCUUCCUAGUUGUUGCCAAGACGGCAAUGGACAAACACUUGGGAGUAUAA